AUGGCCUCCAAAAAGGCGGUACCGACGCCACGCAUCCCGAUCAAGGACAUCUCAUGCUCCGUCAUCUAUGGGAACACUCUAUACACAUACUCUUCAUCGGGAGUUUUGCAGUCGCUGGCGCUUGAAGCUGGUGCAGAAUGGAAGGAACUGCCCAAAGGCGUCCCCGUCACUGGCGGUGUCUGCGUUGGUUCGACUCCGGUAAAGCCUCGAGAGCCCGGGCUCUUCGUUGUUGGUGGCAAAGGUCCGGAUGGAUAUAGGGGACUGCAAAAAUUCACGUACUCGACGGGUCAAUGGGAGACACAGGGUCCAGUGUCAGAGGAUGUCAUGAACAGGUUAGGGCACGGCGCGGCCUACAUCAACAGUACCGAUGCAAUUCUAGUCUACGCCGGCAACAAGGACGGCACCGUACACGCAGGGUCGCAGACCUUUACGAUUGGAGCCUCUGCGCCAUUCGAGGUUCGGUCUUUCCAGUCGGACGGUGUGCCGCCAUUGGCGAAUCCGAUGCUCCUACCGUGGUCAGACAACCAGGCUGCUCUUGUCGGCGGCGAGGGCAACACCAAGAUCAUUCUGUUCAGCCCUGAGGCUGGAGGAUGGAAGGAUUCCGGCGCCACUUUGGCAAACCCCCUUUCCAAGGACGUCUCAGUGAUGCGUGCUGCUGUCGUUGCUGGUACCGAUGGCAGCAAAUCACUCUAUACGUUCGACACCUCGCAAUCCCCCAACCUCGUGACGAGAACGACCUUGAUAGAUGCACAGGGCCAACCGAAGACCAACUCGCCAGCCCUCAGUGCCCGCGCAGAAAACGAAGAUAAUGGCUGGCGACUCAUAGAGAGGCAGGCCGAACAGUGGCCCAAGUACAACUCAACUUUUGCCCCCAAGGCAACCAGGACGAAUUUCGCCCUCGCCCAGGAUCCGAAUGGAAUGAUUGUCCUAGCCGGAGGCACUGAUGGAGAACCCAUUGACAUAUUUAAUGGCCGAGCCAACACCUGGAUGGACACGCCGGGUGUCUUCAAUGCUGACAGCUUGCGCACUCUCGACACCGACUCGACCUCAUCCUCGGUCUCAGUAGUAUCAAGCACCUCAGCGUCCUCGACUCCAUCCUCGACCCCAUCUUUCACCUCGACCUCUACCUCUACCUCUACCUCUACCUCCGUAAUCUCCUCAGCCACUCUCUCAUCAUCCUCAGAACCAACCCCCGUAGCUGGAGCAGGCGUGCCAGCCAACAAAUCCGACUCUUAUUCGUCUAUUCCCCCUGUCAACACCAUUCUUGGUGCUGUUCUGGGAACGACUGCGGCAGUUCUGAUACUUCUCGGCAUUCUCUACUGUCUGCUUCGCAGAAAGAAGAAGCGGGAUGAGUUGGAGGCCGGUCACGCAAGGAGGGACAGUAGCUUGACACCCCUCAACGAAAAGAGCGGCGCCAUUUAUGCUGCCGAUAGCCUACCCCGCGGACCAACCAACGGUACUUUCAGAGGACAUCAGCAGCAGGACUCUCACGGUUCUUUCUCAUCCAUUGCUAUCCUCAUGGGCAAAGUGAAUCAGCCGCAUAAGCAGGCUGCUGUCCAGAGAAACCCCAGCAAGGAAUCCAAGCGCAGCUCCCAGAGCAGUAUACUCAACUCUGCAUUCAAGAAAUCCAUUAGCAACCCGAUUCCGCACCCAGCAAGCCCGAACCCAUUUGCCGACCCGGCGCCACCCAUGCCACAGGCACAGAUGAGAGAUGAGAAGGGUGGAACAAUUGUGUUCAGCAAUGAUGUUGGCGAGCCCAGACCACGCCCAGCUAGGCCGGACAGACCCGAUGGCACUAGGCGAUCGUCUGGAUGGAACCGGUACUGGUCCGGAGGGAGCACGCUGAACAUCUUGGGAUUCGGUAGUGGUGCAAGCAAGCGCACCACGGUGGCUUCUGACUCAAGCAGUCGGUAUUCAGCAAACGUGCAAAACCGCAUUACUCAAGACUCGGCAACCGUGCCCCAUCUUGCUGUAGGCGGAAACAGGCUACCCGAGCCCACGCCCGAGUUUCAACGCGUCAAUUCAGCAUCACCUACCAUAUCUGCUUCGCCUCAACUCGGACCAGGCAUGAAGGGCAGGAUCGAAAGACCCACUAGCACAGGCUCGGAUCGAUCUGGCUACUCAUCAGGGAUUCCCGCCAGCGUUCAAGAUAACUGGGACCCUACUGGCGCCGGUCAGGCCUGGGGAUCCAACAGGGCGCCGAGUAGUGCGUACAACUACAACAGCGCAUAUAAUAGCGUCUACAGCACAGCACUCGCACCUCCGUCUACCUCAAGUUCGAGGCCGGCGCUCCCUUCGGGCGUGAGCACACAACCGCAGCUCGCAAUGGCGGCGAACAGCUCCGACAUGUCCUGGUUGAACCUGGGCGAGGACAAGAAAAAGAACUUUCACUGA